AUGAAACAACAAAAUCUAAAAAAAUUAGAGAAACAAAAUCGAAAACAAAAAUACGAUGAUCAACAAGUUCAAGGUACAAAUAAUUCAUCAAUAGUUUCUAAAAGAAGUGUUGAAAAUUUAUAUUUCUCACAAAUUCAACCACAUUUAGGUGAAUGGUUUAAAGAAUUUGUACCAAAGGGGAAAAGAAGAUCACCUGCUAUUAAUAGAGGAUAUUGGAUUCGUAUGGAAAGUAUUAGAUCAACAGUCAUUAAAAUAAUAAAUUCAAAUAAGGGAAAAAGAAUAAAUGUUAUAAAUUUAGGUUGUGGGUUUGAUCCAUUAGCUUUUCAAUUAUUAAGUACACUAAAAGAUAAUAAUUUAAAUUUCAUAGAUAUUGACUAUCCAGAUUUAAUUAAUGAAAAAUAUAAUCACAUUCAAAACUCUUCUAAAAUUCAAAAUUUAAUAGGUGAACCAACCCCAAGUGAAUUCAAAUUAAAUUGUAAAAAUUAUAAAUUAAUAGGAUGUGAUUUAAAACAAACAUCACAAUAUCAAAAUUUAAUCAAUACAUUAUUUUCAACAACAACAGAUCAAAUCCAUAUAUUCAUAGCAGAAGUAUCUUUAGCUUACAUGAACCCGAAAUAUGCAAAUCCAAUAAUAGAAAUUUCUUCAUACCCAAAAAAUUCACAUUUUAUAAUUCUUGAACAAAUAAUGCCUGAUGGUCCCUUUAACGCAUUUGCAACAAAAAUGCUUUAUCAUUUUAAUCAUUUAAGAUCACCAAUUCAAUGUGUUGGACCAUAUCCUACAAAGCAAAAACAAAUUGAAAGAUUUUUAAAAUAUUAUAAAAAUGUUGAAAUUAAUAAUUUAUUUGAAAAUUGGGAAAUUGUAAAUGAUGAAAUUAAAUUACAAAUAGCAAAAAUUGAAGAAUUUGAUGAAUGGGAAGAAUUUAUUUUAUUUUGUCAGCAUUAUUUUGUUAUACAUGCAAGUAAUGACAUAAAACAAACAAAGCAAGAAAUUAUUGAAGAUAUAAAAUUUGAAAUUGAUGAAUCAGUGAAAUUUGAAUUAGUUGGUUCAGAUAAAUUUGAAUUGAAAUUUCCAGCAAUUGCUAAAUUUAACGAUAAAAUUAUUAUAAAUGGUGGAUUAAAACAAAUAAGAACUAAUGAAACAUUACAAUUGAAUCAACAAGGUCAAUUAACUUCCAUACAAACUACAAACUCACCAUCACCAAGAAUGUGUCAUUCAUUAACUUCAAUAGGCAGUAAAUUGAUUUUAAUAGGUGGUAGAUCAAAACCAAAUGAUAUAUUAAGUGAUAUUUAUGAAUUUGAUGGAUUAAAUUGGACUCAAAUAGCAAAAUUGGAACAACCUAGGUAUAGACAUUCAGUCGUCAUCUUAAAUGAUGAAGAGCUAUUGAUAUUUGGUGGAACAAGUACCAAUGAAAACUCAUUUAUAAAAUUCAAUAUCACUACAAAAAAGAUUACAAAUUUAAAAGUUGAAAGUGAGAUGGUAUCAUUAUUUAGUGCAUCAAUGAAUUAUUCAAAUGGUGUAGGUUAUAUAUAUGGAGGUUUUAAUGAAACUCAUUUACCUAAAGUAAAUGACAAAUUAUACAAAUUUCAUUUAGAAAAUGAUACAAUUUACAUUAGGCUGGUAAUGCAAGAUAUAAUGUUAUCUAGAAUAGGUAGUCAAGCUAUACAAUUAGAGGAUAAAUUAAUUAUAAUAGGUGGUAUAUCAUCAUCUACAAUUUUAAUUAAGUAUACUAAUAUUUUAACAUUAGAUUUAACUAAUUUAAAAUUCAAUAGUGUUGAAAUAUCAGAAGAAUUAUAUAAGAUUCAUCCACCUAUCUUCAUUGGAUUUAGCGUUGUGGAAUUGAAUUCAAAUGAGAGUUUAGUAUUAGGUGGCGGUGCUGUUUGUUAUUCUUUUGGAAGUUGUUAUAAUGGUGUUUAUAAAUUGAAGUACUAA